AUGUCGGGAUCAGCAUCGCCCUUCACGCGAGAAGGAACAAGUGCCAAUAGACCUUGCCCGUCAGCCGCUUUAUGUGAAAAUCCUAAGUUGAUUCGUAUGCUGCGUAAUCCCAGUGUGAAUUUAGCUUGUAUUAGUGAUACUAGCGGUUCACCAGGAUCUGCAUUUAAUGCAGAGUCUUCGUCGGUACCGAUCUGCAAUGCCCAUGGCAGCGAUGUAGGUGGCGGGCCAGCCAAUGUGGCCCCUAAAGAGUCUGUAAAGAGGAGGCGCGGAAGGCCGCGGAAAUACGGAUCGGAUGGAACAGUAGCUUCCUUGUCAGCGAACAUGGUUUCAGCACAAGAGGCGACUGACACGCCUGCUCAAAGUCAGAAGCGAGGAAGAGGACGACCGCCCGGUUCAGGAAGAAAGCAGCGGUUAGCACUGCUUGGAGAAUGGGUUGAAAGCUCAGCUGGAAUAGGCUUCACUCCACAUGUAAUCACAGUUCCAAAAGGAGAGGAUAUUGCAUUGAAGAUAUCGCAAUUCUCACAACAGAGUCGUAGAGCUAUCUUUGUUAUGUCAGCGAGUGGUUCCGUCGCCGAAGCGACUCUCCAGUGCCGAGAAGCCCCUAAUCACGCUGCAACUUACGAGGGUCCUUUCGACAUACUUUUUUUAUCAGGCUCCUAUUUAUCGACAGAGGAAUCGCAAGCUACGACGGGGAGUUUAAGCAUUUUUCUCACCUAUUCUAAUGGUAUGUUGCUCGGCGGUCCUGUUCGUGGACCAAUAAUAGCUGCGGCCCCUGUUCAGCUUAUUGUUGGAAGCUUCAUUUAUGGCGGAACGAGGAUGAAGGAGAAAGGAAAAGGCAAGCAGGCAGCAGGUUCUGAGUUUGUGGGAGACAGUUCAAGAACAGCAUUCAGUACAGUUCCUCCUAAAAAUUUUGCUCAUUCAAGAGAGGGCUGGUCUAAUCUUAAGCACACUGGUAACAUUGGAAUCAACUCGACUCGCGGAUAG